AUACAUGCAGCUUCAUAAACAUAUGUUUUGCCACAAUAACAAUCAUUGGUUUUACUACUGCAUAGUGCUAAAACUGUAUUUAUCUAAAUAACUCAAAAAUGCCUGUUGCGAAAGCUACGAACUCGAAAAACUUCGAUAUUGUGAUUAAAAGUCUUAGAAGACGAGAGGUCUCAUGUCAGGUGGCUGCACUGCCGCCGAAACACGUACCAAGCAAUUCUACCAACCCAAAUUGUGAAAAUGGACCGGGUUCUCAGUCAGAUAUCACAUCACCAAAGCCUCUCAAAAGGAGAUCUGAUAGAAAACCUAAUAAAACACAUAUAAGUUCAGAACCAAAAAGAAAGACCAGGGCGUCUGCAGUUUGUUCGGAAAUCUUUCCCGAGGAUGAAGCUUUCUUGCAAAUUAACGAAGUUCCUAAAAAGAGGUCGUAUCAAAGGAAGAGCCUACAGGUGCCAGACACUAAGAUACCAAAGACGUCGAAAGCUGAGGAACCAGAGUGCCUGUGGGUGGACGAUAAUGCGAAUGCCCCUCCAACACCUCUAACAACUCCUAACAAAAGAAGUUAUAGCAGAAAGGUUCCAGCAGUACCUAAUAACACGCCAGUUGUCUUCUUUCCUGCCUGCGAGAGAGAACCGGCCUCCCCCUCCCACCACCCCCUCCAACAGACAGUAGAAACGAAAACGGCCAGAAGUGAAUGUGCAUCCUUGGCAGACGACGCGUCUACGUGCACCGCCUCCACCAUGAGCUGGGACAGCGGCAGCAGUAGCGCGGUGAGGACUCCUCGCCGAGGACGUGGUCGCCGCUGUCUCUGGCUCCCGGACAGCUCCGAGGAGGACGAGGAGGAAGUGGAAGUGUCUGAGUACGAACUGCUCAGGAGGAAGAACGUAGAGGAAAACCUCAAGAUGUUGAGACUAAUGUUUGCUGAAACUGGAUUUCAACUUCAGAAGAAACCCGAGACUCCCAAGUCAAGGAGGAGUUACUCCAAGGUACCACCGCCACCGCCACGCCCCAAGUCUGCCAGGCUCGAGGUCCGGAGACCAUCAAGCUUCUCUCGGCUGACCCACAAUCUGUCUGCUCUGACUUGAUGUUGUGUGAACAACUUGCUAUAAUAUAGUGUUGAGAAUAAA